AUGCUGCACUUGCAACAACAGCAACAGCAACAACAACAAUCCGCGCAAUGCCUAACACAAAUAGGCCCUGUUGCCAAGUCCCCAACAACCACGAUCGUGCCUACGCCCCAACGCCCCUCGUCGCCGCGCCAGUUCUUCGAACGCCUCUACGGGCAUCUUGAGACGCGUAACAGUGAAAAUGUUGACAUCGAUGUGGGGACCCACAAACCGCCCACCUGUGAUACGCCCUACCAGAGUGACGGUGGCAGUGUGUCCUCGCCCGAUAUUUCGAUCAGUGACGAACGCGUCUCCAUAGUCGGCUUCCCCAGCUAUGAUAUAUAUGCAACGCCUUCAACGGAUAUCCACAAGCACAGUUUCGUCAGCUCAACGACCCAAAUAACAGCCUCAACUCCGAGUGCCGCUGCAAUACCGACUCUGCCCUUCGCCGGCUUCCCGGGGGACCCACAUUUCAGUGCAGGAUUUUCGGCAUUUUUGGCCCGUCGUCGUCGGAAGGAGGGACGUCAGCGUCGCCAACGCACCACUUUCAGCACCGAGCAAACGCUGCGAUUGGAGGUAGAGUUCCAUCGCAACGAAUAUAUCUCUCGGAGCCGGCGCUUUGAACUAGCUGAGACCUUGAGGCUGACCGAGACACAAAUCAAAAUCUGGUUUCAAAACCGCCGUGCGAAGGACAAACGUAUAGAGAAGGCGCAAAUUGAUCAGCACUACAGGAACUUUGUCGUGGCCAAUGGUUUUAUGAGCAGUAUUAUGGGACAAUCGAGUUAUGGGACGGCUGUGGGGAGUGCGAGCAACCCGGCGACUAUACUCACGAAUCUACAGACAGCCGGGCAAGCCAGUGGCUACUACAAUGGAUCGGGCCUGCAUGCGUCGCCAAUGCUGCAAAAGGAGAACACGCAUCGGCAGGUCGUCGUAAAUAAUAUGCGCAAUGCGGAUGUUAAUUAUAUUGACAUUGAUGGCCACGAAAAGCGGCGGCAUAAUGGUAGCAAUGGCAUCGUCGGCAAUAACAAUAACAACAACAGCGCGCUGCCAACGCCAGCACAGACGCCAACGCUGAUAAAUACAUGUUAG